GUUUCGGGGUUCGGUUCAACCGCACAGAAGUUCAAGGUUUCGACGUCAACUGUUUUGCCAGGAGAGCAUGGUUCAAAACCUUCCUCGACCUCAAGCUCGUUGCUGCGGUUCAAACUUCGUCAUGAAAGUAUUGAGGCAAGGGAAAUUCUCACCUCUUCGUUGUCUCCUUCUUCUUCCUCGUCUUCACUGUCUUCCUCUAGUUCAACCCCGAUUCACCAAGACCCUGCAGAUCGAAUGGCCACAGUACCACCACACAUUUUCACAACCAAACCGUCCACCGUUUCAGACUCUGGCCAUGUGGACCUCGAGAACACGUCACUUUCCAACGCCCCUUCUUUGAUAGACCAAGGACCGUCGUCCACCAAAACUCCCAAAAUUGUUAUUCGUCUAGGUGGUGGAGUCAACCCGGGUGUGCUGUCUUGUACCCAGUCACCGUUUGUCCGGACAUCUGAGAAACCCGUUGUAGCAUCGCCAGCGCUUGUGGAUACACCACCCGCUCCUCUUGCUCCACCGCCAUUAAGGCUCACAAUUUCAAAGGAUCGACUCACCUACCGGGGUAACGAUGCAGCGCAAAAUGACGAUGACUCUAACGCGUCGAGUAGCAGCAGCAUCAGUGAGAGUCUCAACAGUAGUGGGGAUGAGGACGAAGAUAUAAUGGUAAAAGCAGAUAAGCCUAAAAUAUCCAACCUACAGACCUCACUACCUCCGCCACCUCUUGAACGACUUCCUGAUCGAACCUUGAUGGGUACACGUCCGUCUCUGGAUGCUUCAAGUGCGACCAGGAUUUCAACCCGUCAAUUAUCUGAACCAUUAUACAAAUCUGCAACUCCUGCACGAGAUUCUGACAAAACCUUGGAAUCGAGACGCAACGACGUGCCUCCUUUGCUGCCGCUGUUUUCGCCGGUUGUACCAUCCACCGCUCCUUUCCAACUUGGACCGCCUUCGCUAACAACAAUCUCCAGUGCUCCUAGCCACAUGGUAGAUCGACCACAUGAGGGGUCAUCUGCCAGUUUGCAGCGCAAGCGUAGAAACCCUCCGGCCAAGCAGGAAAGUCUAUCCAAGCGAGGGCGCCUAAAUUCCUCGAUUCCGUCGCUAGGGUCGCGCGGACACGAGCUGUCAGGGAGCACCCGUGUACGAGUAGAUUCCGUCUUUACGGAUGACGAGGAGAGCGAUGGAAAUGGUGCUGUCGGUAGUGCAGUGAAACGUCCGUUAUCUAUCGAUACAAACCUACCCGAAGCGAAUUCUCGAGGGAGUGGAUCCGUUCCCAAACUGACAACACCCAAGUCUCAAAAGUUCCUCCCGUCACCGGUUUCCACCCGAAACGUGCCGCUGGAUACUAAGCGAAUCAAAGGUCGACCUCGUACAAAGCACACAUCUGCGCAGUUGAUGGUUCCAUCGUAUUCUCCUGUAAUCAAGUCCAAGUCACAAUUUGCGCCCACACGCUGUAAAUCACGCUCUAGAAUGAAGCCUACAUCUGCAAAUGCUUCUACCUGCUCUAGUCCUUUGACUAAGCCAGGACUAGUCAGCUCACAGCGUCCGGCAUCUCAAGUCGUGGUGGCCUCAGCCGGGAAUUCGUACUACUUUUUAGCUCUGAUGGUCAAAUACCAGUCGUCUCACACCAACUCUCAGUGCGAUUAUUACGACUUGUUCAGCUGUAGCACCCUUUCGGUGCCUAACUGCCAUGCCACCAGAAGGAAGCACGAUACUGCCAGGUUGCCCAGGCCUAUACAAGGGAAAUCGAGAGACAGAAGUUGGGUUCGAACCACGGACUUUCCGGUCAGCUUGGGCAACCUGGCAGUAUCCCAGCCAUCGUGCUUCUUCCUGGUAGUUAAGCACCGAAAGGGUGCUACAGCUGAACGAUUUUCUGGACGAAUACUAGAUUCUACUAUGGAACCGAAUGCCCAACUCGUUUUUAGAAUCUCUAUCGGAAGCAGUCACUUCCACUUUUCCCAUGUUCUUGAAAAUAACAGCGGUGAGCAAAUUUGGCUCUGUCCUAUCUGUCUACUUGAAGAUGAUGGUAACCUGAUGAUUGGCUGUGAUAGCUGCGACGACUGGUAUCACACCACUUGUUUGGGGCUGUCUGCCGAACCCGAAGUUCCACAAUGGUUUUGUCCAAAAUGCGUCGGGUCUUCAACGCCUUGUCCAACCGUGUAUAGUGGUUCCAUCACAACACCAGUAUCCUCCUUUCCUGUACAGACUACCCCUCAUGUAAGCUCCGUUGGACAGGGACGCAAAUCAAAAGGCAGCUCAAAAGGAUCCAUGAAGCAUAAACGGUAGCAUGACCUCGUUGGAACUACGGGGUUGUCAAACUGUUCUCUAACUUUUUGCCUUUCUCUUACAUGUACAUAUGUGAA